GAUCCCACCACCAACGGUCGGAAAAUUAGCACGAGAAGCGUAACGUUCCGCAGCCAGCAGAUAGAACCAGGAACUUCUCUUUUCCUGCGAUCCCACGACGCCGUCCAUCACUUCUCUCUCUGCUCCCUUUGCGUUUCCAUCUCCGUCGCCGCUUUCCUUCUUCCAAGAGCGAGCCAUGGAGCCGACCGUCAUCGACUGGAAGAGGGUCGACUCGAGGUACGUCCGGGACGAGGCCUACGAGAACAUCAACGCCCCAAUGUGGAUCGACCUCGCUGCCCCCAACGACAACGUUCAGGUCGACGACACCGCUUGGUUUUGCCGACCAGAUUGCAAUCACCCCAAGACCGCCGAAGAUUUCAAGCUUUCAGCCACGCCUAGCCCCAAGGCGAAGCUGAUGAGAUCGAGCUCGGAGCGAUUACCAUUUGGAGAAAGAAACAGCAAUCGACGAGACGAGAACAACCUGAAGAAAAGAGUAGGCGUCGUCGCUGCUCCGCUCCUCCCGGCGUCUCCAGCGAAACCCAAGACCACCGCUUCGAAGGUGUCCAAGGCGGAUCUUGAGAACCAAGACCCGAAUCAAUCGACGCCGGCUCGUCCCACCCGCCCGCCGAAGACGAGGAACCCAGUGAAAGAGAUGAUCAAGUCAAGCACCAAGGAGGAGGUCGAGGACAAAAGGGAGGACCCGAAGCAGAAGAAGGUACAACCUCGCCUGAAGAGCACGAUGUCGGCGAGAAAUUUGUUCUCCGGGAAGGAUAUCUUGAGCCAGAUCUCCGAGUUCUACCGCGAACUCAAAAAAAUGGCGGUCGGAAGUAGGACUCCUCCCGUCAGAGAAGAGGCUAGGAAGGAGGUCAAGGAGGCUGCUGAAAACCUCCACAAACCAGAAGCAGCAGAUGAUACAAAACUGCUGACUCCAAACAAGAACGAUAAAUCUCCACAGAAAAGGGGAAAACUGAAGAUUGAGAUAAAAACAUCGACACCACUGAAAGAAGUCAGAGCAAAUCCUCCGACGCCACAGCGUUUCCCUUCACCUCGCGGUGCAAAGAACCCAAAGGCAACUCCCAACGGAAGGUCCCCUCUCCACAACAAGCUUCCUAAAUCAACAACUCUGGGAAGGACAACUCUUCAAGACAGAGAAGAGAAGAAAGCAUUAUUAGCUCGGAAGGAUGACGAACAAGGUUGCAGCAGUGCUGCUGUUGCUGGCAAUUCAGAGGCGGCUUCAGCUGAUUUGUUUUGGUUUCUGAAACCUUGCAGUCAUGCGGAAUAAAGCUUUUUACUCCCUUUGUCAUAUUCUGCUCUCUAUUCCCAUAGUUUUAUUCAAUUCUUUGUUGUGGUGUUGUUGCAUUCACCUUGAAAGAAAUAAUCUAGAUUGGAUUGUCUAGUCAAACAUAA